GUUACACAUGAACUGACUGGGCAAAAUGGACAGUUUAUUAGCCUACUGUGUAAUUAUCUUGUAGUGUAGUUUAUCAACAACUGGGCAAAUUAAUUGCAUUGUUACACUGUAGGGCUAAUAGGAACAAUGUAACACGUAUCAUUACAAUAGGCAACAUUGUAGUCUACCUACAAGUAGGCUUAAUAAUUAUAUCGGUUACCCAGAAGCAAAACUCUCGCGAAAAUAUAAUCUGUCCAAGCGAGAUUAGCCUAAUAAGGACACAGGGGUUUUCCAGUUUAAAAAAAUCUAAAACAUAAAUAGACAAAAUAGCUAGCCCACAUUUCUGAAGUCUUUAAAUUGGCAAUCCGCAGACAAUAACAAUUAACAAAGCCUGUUUCCACCCGUUAUAUCAAAAUUAUAGUUUUAACCAUGGUAUGAGGCUAUACAGUAUUUGUUUAGAUUUAAUUUGUUUACAAACAUUGGAGUAUAACCAUCUUAUAUUUUGGGUUCUGAUGGAGUAUGACAGUUUAACUAAAUUAAUUAGGCAUUUCUAAAUUAUAUUCUCCAAGAAUCAAUGGGUAGGCCUAUAUCAUUCAUUUAUAAAUCCCCCAAAAAUGUAUGCCGCAACUACAGAUUGCCACUUUAAGAUUACGUCCAUUGUCAUGUAAAUAUAUCAAUCCUAAAUAUAAUAAAAUCACUAUUUGACAGUGUGAAAAAAUGUGGAUAUUGUAAAAACAUUUUGACCUAUAAUAAAGCCUCAGGAUGGCGCCAAAGUGCAUAAAUCUGAUACUCUCGCGAUCUCUCUCAAUUAAAUUAAAUUCAAGGGGCUUUGUUGGCAUGGGAAACAUAUGUUUACAUUGCCAAAGCAAGUGAAAUGGAUAAAGAAAGGUGAAAUAAACAAUAAAAAGUCAACAGUUAACAGUAAAUAAUCUCUCUCUCCCCCUCUCUCACACACAUGCACACAAACACUAGCUACAAUUGGUAAAAUAAUGGCAACAAGGUGUUGCUCCGUUCUAAAAACCCCAAUAAAAUGUAAACUUCUGUGAUAUGCAUAUGCUUUAUAUUUAUAGAAUAAUUUCCAACUAGACUGUUUGUCACUAGUUAGCACAGCCACAAAGUCAAAAUUGUCUAUAUCCCAAAAAUUCAUGGUCUUAAUUUAAGGUUUGUGUUAGGCAUACGGUUAGCUGUGUGGAUAAGGUUGGGGUUAAGGUUAGGUUAAACAUCUGAUUAUAAGAAGAGAAAUUGCAGAAAUAGACGGGGUUUAGCCAUAAUUAUGACUUUGUGGCGACGAUUAACUAGGCUAGCCUACCCCUCUGCGGGUUCUUCUGACGUCAUCCCGGUAUAUUUCCCUCCAGUCUAGCCGAUACAACAUUUCCAGAGUUCUUUGCUGCGCUAGCCACUCGUGCGAUGGUCACCAUUGAACCGCCUUACAUUUUACAAUGUAUCACAAACCAAGCUUGUUAACCGGAGUCUGUUUAUCCUAUUAAUUUACUCUAUCCCAUUAACCUGCUGCCUUGGCGACGCUGCAUGGAUAAGGGUACUACAGGGACUGGUAAUUUGGUGAAAUUAUGGAAAAGACUAAUGAAUCAAUGAAGUUGGGGGGAAUAAUCAUUGUGCAUUGAUGGAUUCCCAAUGCAUUAUUAAUAACGGAUUAAUAUAUAAGAAUGGAACCAAUUAAAUCUUAUUAAUCUCAUGAGAUCAUCUUUGACCAAAGACCUGAUGAAGGAACUUGCCAGGACCAGUAUGACUACAGCGGAGAUGGAUCUGCGUCUGCUGAGGGCGCACCAAACAACCACUGCAACUUUGCCAAUUCUGAGCCCCACGGAAAAUGACACGACAUGCGGGAUGCAGAUUCUCAGCCACGGGAAUGUGGAGAAGGUUCUUAUCGGAGGAGUUCUCACUGUGCUCACUUUGCUCACCAUUUGCGGUAACUUACUUGUGGUGAUAUCCGUGUGCUUUGUGAAGAAGCUGAAGCAGCCCUCCAAUUAUCUCAUCGUCUCCCUGGCGGUCGCGGACCUGUCUAUAGCCGUUGCGGUGAUGCCUUUUGUCAGCAUCACGGACCUCAUCGGGGGACAGUGGAUCUUCGGACAGGUGUUCUGCAACGUUUUUAUUGCCAUGGACGUGAUGUGUUGCACUGCAUCAAUCAUGACCCUGUGUGUAAUAAGCAUAGACAGGUACCUAGGCAUAACUAAACCCUUGACCUACCCUGUGCGACAGAGUGGGAGAUGCAUGGCCAAAAUAGUUCUGUCUGUGUGGCUGCUGUCGGCCUCCAUUACCCUUCCCCCGUUGUUCGGCUGGGCCCAGAACGUCAACGACGACAAGGUGUGUCUAAUCAGCCAGGACGUGGGCUACACUAUCUAUUCCACCGCCGUCGCGUUCUACAUCCCCAUGUCGGUGAUGUUGAUGAUGUACUACAACAUCUACCGAGCGGCCAAGGUGAGUGCCGCCAAGCACACCAUCCUAGGCUUCCCCAAGGUGGAGGACGAAUGUAACAGUGUUGACUGCGUGGCCGCGGCCUUUAAGCUCCAGAAGGAGGUAGAGGAGUGCGCCAGUUUCUCUCGUCUGCUGAAGAACGACAGGAAGAACAUCUCCAUCUUCAAACGGGAACAGAAGGCGGCCGCCACCCUGGGCAUCGUGGUGGGGGCCUUCUCCGUCUGUUGGCUGCCCUUCUUCCUUCUGUCCACGGCCAGGCCCUUCAUCUGCGGGCCAGAGUGUAGCUGCGUUCCCCUCUGGGUGGAGAGGUUCCUGCUCUGGCUGGGCUACGCCAACUCCCUCAUCAACCCCUUCAUCUACGCCUUCUUCAACAGGGACCUGAGGACCACCUACCGUAACAUCCUACUCUGUAGGUACAGGAACAUCAACCGCAAACUCUCCGCCGCCAGCAUGCACGAGGCCCUCAAACUGGCUGAGAGACCAGAUCUGGUGAUCUAGCUAGAACAGUGUUUCUUAAACUUCUCGUUUCACUCACAGAGACCGGCAAGCUAUGGUUUGGAUGAAAAAUUGUAUUUGACAUUUGACUAAAUUGAGGCAGAUAACCGUCUGGACCAGUCAGCAAACAUUGCUCUAGACUGAGGAAUCCAAUUCAGUUCACGAGUAGAGGAAGGCUAUAUAAAUGUAUAGAAAAUAACUGUUAUUAUUGUUCACACCUGGCACACACAAGAACAUUAGCUCCACAUUUUGUUAGGUUAUUGGGACAGACCCAAACCAAGCGUCAGAUUACAAUCUUGCCUCAAUCAAUUAUUUUCAAUCGAGUGUUCUGAUAGGCAUUCUGAAUGGCUGUUCUUCUGCAUUUUAGAGCACACUGUCAGAAAUGAAAUGUUAGAUGACGGUGAAAUGCAGAGAACAUUUUUGGGGCACACUCUGAUGUAUUGGAUGAGAGGACAAAUAAUAGGCUAAUGGCUGUGGUAGGACGAAUGACGCCGUCGUGUUAUUUUGUUAGAUAUAUCACUGUGCAUUUGGUACUUGAAAUUUAAAAUCACACUCGAUGCAUAAAGUUUGUGUGAGAAAUGUAUUUAAAAAAAUAAUAAGAAGAAACAUUUUAAAGUUCAACAAUAUGCACCACAGAUGGUGAGCCAUGGUUCCAGUUAUGUAUAUUGAGUAACAGGAAAAUUAAUUGUUUUAUGGUGUGUUCAAUGAACCACCUUCGAAACCAUUUGUGCAAUUGUAAUUAUUAUGUGUAGAAUUUAGACCAAUCAGUCAUGCAACACAAUUAUGUUCGUAACAUAUGUAUAUGUGCUUGACAGUUGGUCAUAUGGACAUAUUUCGUCAAAUGUACCAUGCACUUUAGAGCGUAACUAGUUUUGAGCCUUCAGCAGGGCACUUAACCCUAAUUGCUCCUGUAAGUCGCUCUGGAGCAUCUGCUAAAUGACUCAAAUGUACAUGUUGAUUUGUUAAGGACUGGGAUUAACCCUUCAUUGUACAGCACAUACUGUGAAUAUAUUUGAUCAAUGUAUUACUAUUUGAUCAGUCAUUAAGCUAGGCCUUUUUCAAGUAUACUGAAAUAUUCAAUGUUGAAUGUAUAUUCAAGUAUAUUGUAGAGAAAAACCUUAUGUUGAUAGGGAUGACAUUGGCCAAGGUUGACUAGGGUGAAUAGUGGUACAUACAUGUUUGAUUGUAAUUGUUUUGAUUUGUUCAUUUAUUCCAGAUGUUUUUAUUUUUUUUAUUUAAAUAGCAUAUCUGAGAACGAGAAGGAACAGGUUGUACAGUAUGUAGGAACAUUAUAUAUUUUUAGUAGUAGUUCUUGUUCUACCUUAAAGUUUUGCGUUACAUUAUUGAUAAAAUCUAACAAUUAGAAAUGUUUAUAUUUUACGUCAAAAUACACUAGGUCAACACAUCA